UUUUCUUUCACGUAAGAAAAAUUUUCUUGGUUGGGAUAUGGACUCGUCUGAGAAAGAGGGAAGUGGGGCAACGGGCUCUCUUCCCCCUCCCCCGCCUCUGCCCCCCAAUGUGGUACCAAUCAAAGCAGAAUCUGAGCCUGCAAAGGAGGUUUCACGUGUCCCAAUGGCCGGGAAAGCUUCGCAGUUGGGGACUUUCCUGAAGUUUGAUGAGGCUCCUGAGACAUCCUCAAGCCGUAGUGGGGCGACUGCUCCUGAGACAUCCUCAAGCCGUGGUGGGGUGACUGCUCCUGGAGCCACACCUGUUCGGCAGCUGCCGUGGUUGAACAGGACUGUCGCCGAUUCUAUGUUCUUCUGCUGAGACCUUCGGACCAUGCUUUCUAUAGGCUUUUGGUUUUACCACCAACUGAUCUGAAACUCUUUUUAAGUAUAUUUAAACUUUAGAGGUAGGGCUAUCCCAGACUUGUUCUGAUGAUGAUGUGCUGUUCUCUGAAUCAUCAUCCGCCAUGUUUUCUAUAGGCUUUUGGUUUUACCACCAACUGAUCUGAAACUCUUUUUAAGUAUAUUUAAACUUUAGAGGUAGGGCUAUCCCAGACUUGUUCUGAUGAUGAUGUGCUGUUCUCUGAAUCAUCAUCCAUUUUGGUUAUAAACUUUUUGGAUGGUUGGCCCCCCACCGUAUCUAAAGAUAUGAAUGCUUGACUAGGUAAUUCACAGUGGCUUUUUCCUGUUUGGUUUAGAGAAGUGGUUAUACUACUGCCCUUUACUCUGUUCUCUUAUUUACCGUUAGGCUUGGGUAUCAGUUAACCAGUUAGAUGUGGCUUCCGAGUAACUACUUUUGUUGGUUUCUGAUGCUUAGAAAACUAUACCAUUUCGUUAUUACUUCCCUAUUAUAUAACGUAAUGCUUUUCCAAGUCGCUGGUAAAUCAAAAUUGGAAUUGGCCCAAUUAACCGAAUUAGAAGCCUUUGCGCAAUUUGCUUCUGAUCUCGAUAAAGCUACUCAGAAUCGAUUGGCAAGAGGUCAACGAUUACGUGAGUUGCGAGAAUGAGUUAUAUUUCUAGCUUAUUUAACUUUUCAGGAAAGAGUUUGUUCGUUUUGGGUAUAUAUACUACUGCCCUUUACUCUGUUCUCUUGUUUACUGUUAGGGUUGGUUAUCAGUUACUUAACCAGUUAGAUGUGGCUUCUGAGUAACUACUUUUGUUGGUUUCUGAUGCUUAGAAAACUAUACCAUUUCGUUAUUACUUCUCUAUUAUAUAAUGUAAUGCUUUUCUGUGGCAAGAAUGAGUUAUAUUUCUAGCUUAUUUAACUUUUCAGGAAAGAGUUUGUUGGUUUUGGUAGGAAAAAAAAUAGCAUACAAAAAUUUAUCGACAAUACUCCCUCUUAAAAACGAAUCUCUACUGUUUCACGUAGCAAAGAAAAAAGAAACACCAAUAUUUCAAAGGAGUCUCCAUUUCAAAACGAUGGCAACCGUAACAAGCAGGAUCAACUUUCCAGAAUUGUUUGUUG